GCAUGGAGGGUAUCUGGAGAACCGAGACUAGGACAAGUUUAGACGCGUCUGCACCUGAGUUGAAUCCUCAGAUGUCACCCGGGGUUGCUCAUCAAGAACAAAAUCCAAGAAUGGAUUCUCUGGUGACAGAGUCCGCUACCUUUACUAAAUGGACUGAUGGAAAGCACAGGUUAUACCUUAAAUCCAUGGAAACAUCCUUUGUUAACCAGUUUUAUGACUCUGUGAAUCUUCUUGGCUCGAACACACAAAAGGAGAAGUUACCAAGGCCUGAGUCAUCAAGGCAAAAACAUUGUACCUCUUCUGGCCAGUUUAAAGUUCUUCGAGAUGGCUGCUGGAAGAAGGUCGAUUUCCAAAGACCUGGAGUUCAACUUCAGAAAACAAAUGACUCUCAUUCUCUUGUGGCAAGCCCUUGGAUCCAGCACUUUAGAUCUGGAUCUAAGUCAAGUGUUUUAGCCUCUUGUACUCUUCAAGUCAGUGCUUCAUCAAGAGUUAAAAAUGCAAACAAUUUAGAUGUUUUGAUAAGAAAAUUAGGAAUAAAUAUUGUUUAUUUUUAUUCCCUCUAUAUGAUCUCGCAAGUUGCAACAGUCAAAAUCAUGCUAUAA